CAAGCUAGAGUAUAUUUUGUGUAGUGAAAGUAGACUGUAUUCAAAACAAGUUUUCAUAUACGUCUUUUCUUUGGUCAGUUUCUAAUCCUGACCCAAGCUGUGUAUUUACUUAUAAGGACAGUAUUCCAGACAAGGAUGUAGUUUGAUCAUAGCAUCCUUAUAGUUCACACCUUAUCUUAUACUAUUAUAACUUCAAAGAAUUGACUUGUGUCUUAAUCCAUAAGGACCUUAUAUUGUACAAGGACAUAUUAUACUAGAAACAAGGACAUUAGUGUGGUGUGAAACUUUGAAAAAAAAAACAUUUGCAACUUUCUGUGGUGUUGAAGGUUAUCCUUAUGCAGUUCAAGAUAUGCAACUUGUCUACUAUGCAUCAAACCAUAGCUUACUGGAUGGAAACAGGCAUGGAGUCCGACGUUUCUGACCAUCUUGACCAAGAAGAGAUGUACCUCAUGCUGCAAGCUGAUAUGUUAGCAAUUAAGCGCCAAGAGAAUGCCUUGCAGACUGACAUUGAUGACAUUAACCAGAAGUUCAACUCGCUCAUAGCAGAUGUUGGUUUAGAGCCAACAGAGUACCCAGUCAACAGACAUCUAUUGGGCAACCCACCAACACCUUCAUUCUUACAACGUACAACACCAAGCAUGAGUCACAUCACUUGUUUAGAUACCACUUCCUGUGAUGAAGAUGUACUACUUCAAAAGAUGCUUCAGGGACCUCUUGUAUCCAUCAACUCACUCAGUAGUGACAGCAUCUAUGAGGACUCAGCCAUGACGUUAAUCAUCGACAACAACAGUAACUAUAUUCCAUCACCUAAGCCAGUGUCACCUUCCAACUUGGUUCCAAACAUUGACCAACCAGAGCCAUCAUCAUCAGACAUUAGUAAUGCUAGCAAUGGUUCCAGUGGUUAUCCAAGGUCAACAGGGUCAGACUCCUCUGAUGACAACCAGUGUGUUCCAGACAUUGAUGAUCGUCAAGAAGAACUUUUGUCCAGACUUCAUUACUAUGGUGACUUCACGAUAGACCGCCAGAGUAAGAUUGACAACUUGACAGCCAGACUAACCAACACUCCUGUUGCCAACUUAAACAACAUCACUGCCUCAGCUACUGAAGAGAUCUUCACCAGAGAAGUCGUUGGCUGUGAGCAAGAGUACAUACCACCAGGUUUUGGUCAGCCAUCUCGUUCUACCACACGUUCUACCAGCUCUAAUUGUUCAUCACCAUCACCACGUCGUCACAGGACCAAGCGUAUCAGCAGAGCUCAACGUAACCGCACAUCAUCUUCGUCUGGCAGCCGUCGUAGCAUUUCCAUACCCCAGGCAUCGUCCACUAUGAUUGAAGACUUCUCACCAUCAUCACACAGUAGCGGUAGCAGUAAGCAUCGUACUAGUUCAAUACCUCGGGCAUCCUCUACUAUGAUUGAAGAUCCAACUUCAUCAUCCUGCAGACCUAACUCUGUUUACUCUGAUGACAUGGAAAGCGUCUACUGUUGGUCCAUCAAAGAGAGUUCUGACGAUGUUCCUCUAGAAGAGUCCUACUACCGCAAUAUCAACAGGGUAUACAGUAAACCACCACUUCCACCAAAGAAGGUCCUACCAUCCAGUUGUGGAACAAGUCUUGCAGAGUCAACCUGUAACAACGAAUCAAUAUCCAUGAUUGCCUCAACUACCCGAAGACAAGAUGUAAUCAGCGACAGUCUGUAUGAUGAUGUUACCUUCUACAACAAGGCCAGGACCCUGCCACGUACAAGUACCAGGACCGAUCUCAAUGGUAACAACAAGUCUAGUGGGAGUUCCAUUGAAGCCAGUCGUGCAUCUAUGCCAGACAUGGUCAGCGUUAUGACAUCUGAGAAUGACAACAUUCAAAGUGUUCCCAACUCAUCAGCCAGUACUCACUCUUCAUCCUUAGGGGAUCGUCCAGCCAUCCCUGGCAAGUCUAGUUCUAGUGGGAGUAACACCAGUCCACCAACCAGCAAUGACACUCACAACACCCAGGCAAUGUGUGACUCGUUACUCACAGACAGUCCAAACAGUCUUAGUAGUACUGGUGUCUUUGCUCCUAACAACUCACCUUACUCAUCCAGAGCUAGCCCAGUCAGUGAGCCAGAACCACUUGGUCCACCAGCUCCUCCAUCGUCAGUUAAGUCUCAGUCAUCAAAAGAGGACCAAGUCUUCAAGAAACCAAAAAGCAUUGUACCGAUAUGGAAGCUGUUCCGUUUCCGUCGCAACAAACCAAAGAGCGCUGAGAAUAUCACAUCUACUCCACUACGCAGACCAUCAUCGACUCAAAGUGACCCAGUCUCAAAGAAAAAGCUCUUCAUCAACCAAUCACCUGAGGUUCACCUUCACAACAAACGUGCUGUAGCCAAGAAAUUACGUCGUUUCAGCGAGAGUUUCCGUCAGAAAGAUACCACCCAGAUCCACACUCUUGCCAACUUAUAGUGAACACUGAUUAGUGCAAUAGACAUUAUGUGUUCAAAAAAUACAUUGUUUAGACAUUAAUUUAUAAUACUCAUUUGUGAUAUGACACUUGAACUUUAUAUAUGAGUAAAUGCAUGUAUUUUUUAUUGAUUUUUACGGGUAUGAUAAAUUGUUUUACUCAGUACGUAGAAAUAGGGCAAAAAUGUGUUAACAGGGUAAAUGAUAUAUGUAAAUGACAAUCUUGAUCAUGAUUAAGUAUGAAAGAGACAUUUGAACAAUGGAGAAGUUCUAGUGCUUAAAUGUUGAAAACUAAUUGCAAGAGACAAUACUUGUGGUGUGCAAUAUUUCUAGUAGGAUGAAUUUUCUUUCUAUUUUUCCACUUAAUCUUUCUUUCUAUUCUGUUUGUUAUGUUGUUAUGAUAACACAGAAGUUAUCUGUGUGAUGUUUGUACAGUAUUAUUGUAAAAUAACUAAUUUAUUGAUAAAUUAUGAUCAGUGCUAUGAUGUGUAAAUAAACAUUCAAAAAUAUAA